UUUUCAAAUCGAUGACUGACCAAUCCACUACUGUGCGGUUAGAGAUAUUGCUAUUCUUUUUAAGUUGACAUAAGUGCUGGAAUUUUGCAAAAAUUAGUUUAACUGUUAUUGUUACCUUGGAUUAUAUCACAAGAAGAAGAAAAAUUGUGUGAAAAAUGGGGCGUCGUUCGAUCAACACCACAAAAAGUGGCAAAUACAUGAAUCCCACUGAUCAAGCACGAAAGGAAGCGCGUAAAAAGGAACUGAAAAAGAAUAAGAAGCAACGGCAAUUAGUAAGAGCGGCUGUUUUGAAAGGCAAAGAUCCGGCGCAGAUUAUUGAAGAAAUGGAGAAAAUCGAUCAGAUGGAGUAUAAUGUAAUGCAACCACCUCCCUUGAAUGAGAAAGUUUUGAAGGACAAACGAAAGAAACUCAAGGAAACCUUAGAUCGAGUCUUAAAAAUGUAUGCAAAAGAUGAUCAAGAAAAAUGGGCAGAAUUAAAAGAGCAAUUGAUACAAUAUGAACGUAGAAGAAUAGACUUAGUUUCCUAUUUUGAAGCUGUACGACAUGCACAACAAGUACAAGUUGAUGAAAUUCCAUUACCAUCAGCUGCCAAUGACAUAUCUAGAAUAUAUCCAGGUUCUUUGACAUCACAGAUUCCAUUACCAGACAUGCCGCAGCCACCUGUACAUGUAUAUCCACCUCAUCCUCAUUAUAUAUCACAACACCAUACUAUAAUGAAUAUUCCUGUACCACCAAGCAUCUUAAAAAAGACCAGUGCAUAUACAACUACUCCAUCUGUACCUACAUUGGCACCCAAUAAAGAGCCACCUGGUGUACCACCCUUUCCACCUCCUGAAUUGUCAAGUGAUGAUGAAGAUACAGUUGAAAAUGUGAAAGAUCCACCAGCAAAAUCAAGAACAAUACGAUUUGCCGAUGACAAGGAGGACAAUAAACAAGAAUCAGAAAACAAGGAAAAAGAUGUGGAAAAAGAAAAAGAGAAAGAGAAAGAUAGGGAUAUAGCAAAAGUCAAACCGACCACCUUGCAACAAAAAAUGUUGGUGAUGGCGGGACAAGAUAUUGAUCAGUUUAUGAGAGAAAUGGAAGUCGUUCAUAAGAAGAGAGAGACCGAACGUGCUCAAGAUCUUAACGCGCGAUUGUCAUUGCUUGAUGCGGAGAGCGAAUCAAAUGUUAAAUCGAGUAACAAUAAAUCUAAUAGUAAAGGAGAAGAUGAAGAAAUAGAACCGCCCGGAGCAUCGGAACAUCUGUCCGGGCAUGGGCAGCAUACAUCACAUCCUCAUACUCAGCACUCACAACAACACAACACAAUGCCACCGAUGGGCAUGCCACCUCCACCUCUGCUUUAUAGACCGCCCCCGCCUCCGUUACAUCUCAGAAUGCCACCACCGCCGCCACCUCGCAUUGGACUUCGAUUGCCACCUGGUCCACCGCCCGGAAUGCCGAGAAUAUUAAGACCUGGACCUCCGAGUAUACCUAGAUUGCCGCCGCCGCAAAUGCAGAUGUCGAAUAUAUCGAAUAUAACGAAUCCUCAAAUGCAAACACAGCCCGGAACUACUACACAACCUAAAACACCUAAUGUCCUUUCUGCAGCGCCACAGUUAAUUAAUAGGAAAGAUAAAGAUGGCAAGAGUACUACCACUAUCGAAGCAAAACCACAGAUCAGGAACCUGGCUGCUGACGUUACGAGAUUUUUGCCGACGUCUUUACGAGUGAAAAGAGACGAUAAAAAGAAAUCUAGUAAUGUCUCUAGGAUUACUGAAAGGUUACCAGAAACGCAACCACUCAGAACAGCACAACCUAAGACAAAGGAUGAUGCGUACAUGCAAUUUAUGCAAGAAAUGGAAGGAUUACUCUGAAUAUGGAAAAGUGUAUGCUUUAUGGAUUGGAAUCGCAUCAUAUGGAUUGCAAUCAUAUGAAUUUUGUACAAUAUACAAUGAGAUUUAUGGAUAUGA